GUUAAUUUAAUUAAAUCGUGGAAUCCGCCGACCUCGUAUAAAACUCGUAAAAAUAUAACAGUAGCGGACGAGUUGACUCGGUAUCUGUUCAGGAAGAAGACUCUUAAGCUUCAUUCCGUCGUCUUCUUCGUCUCACUGAUUGCUUUCGCUUCUUGCUUUUACUUCAUAGACGAUGGAGACUGAGACACAACUUGUGGCUGAUCGCAUUGCUCUCAACGAAAAGAAAGUUGCCAUGGCCUUAGAUGAUCUCAUCAAGUUGUCAAAGAGAAACACCAAAGGGAACAAGGGCAGAAGUUCAAGGAGACCCAAGAACAAAAACCGAAACUUUAAUGGUGCUGCGAGAAAUGGUAAUUCCUCUAAAGAGAAGCAUUACGUGAACUCACUUUCUGGAGUUAGACAGGGUGCUGUUGAGAAGAGGAGGUCUAACUUCAAGGGAAAUCAGUUUCCUGUUGCAACCAACGUUGCUCGUAAAGCUGCUAAUGUUCCUCCACCCAGUGUCCGUAGAAGAGCUUCCAAUGCUGGAAGGACGACUAGUGCAAAUCAGUCAAGGCUUCUUGCUCCACCAGUCCAGAGUAAAUCUAGAUUCACCACAAAGAGGCAUGAGAUGGAUCAGAAAGUAGAAAAUGGAGGAGGGAAAUGGAAGACACUAGACUCUCGGUUUGCAAUCAUGAAAGAGCAGAGGAAGAAUAGUACGUGCAACAAUGGCGUUGGACUGCAGGUUCCAAGGUUGCCACCAUGGGCUAGAGCCAGAAGAUUUUAGUUACUAAGCAAACCACAAAGCAUUUAUACGCGCUCCCUCCACUCUUAGAUUUUGUCUUUGGGAUUUAUAUUCUUGUUAAGCACACCAGAUAAUGCAGUUCCUUUGUGAAUCUAUGACUUGCGUACAUAUCUUUUCAAAAUGCAUCCAAGAUAUAAAUAAAUAUCGUUUGAAAUC